AUGCCUAGAUCAAAGCGUUCCAAGUUGGUGACAUUAGCUCAAACUGAUAAAAAAGGUAGAGAAAAUAAAGAAAGAAUCUUUGAUGAAAUUAGAGAAGCCCUUGAUACAUACAGAUAUGUGUGGGUAUUAUAUCUAGAUAAUGUGAGAACUCCUGUCUUACAAGAAAUCAGAACAGCAUGGGCCGGUUCUAAAUUAAUCAUGGGUAAGAAGAAAGUUUUAGCUAAGGCCCUAGGUGAAAAAAGAGAAGAAGAAUAUAAGGAAAAUUUGAGUAAAUUAGCCAAACUUUGUACCGGUAUGACUGGUCUUUUAUUCACCAAUGAAGAGGUUGAUACUGUGAAAAGUUAUUUCGAAGCAUACGUUAAAUUAGAUUAUUCAAGACCAAAUUCAAGAGCUCCAUUGACUUUUGUCAUUCCAGAAGGUAUAAUUUAUUCUCGUGGUGGUCAAAUACCAAUUGAAGAUGAUAUCCCAAUGGUUCAUUCUUUGGAACCAACUUUAAGAAAUAAAUAUGAAAUUCCAACAAAGAUUAAGGCAGGUAAGAUUACUAUCGAUACUCCUUAUUCAGUUUGUGAAAAAGGCGAUAAAUUAGAUGUUCGUCAAGCUUUAAUCUUGAAACAAUUUGGUAUAGCUGAAUCUGAAUUUAAGGUUAAAUUGGCUGCUUAUUUCGAUAAUGAAACGAGUACAGUGGAAAAUGUAAAUAUCAAUAUCGACCAAGAAUAA